UACAAUUGGCCACAUUUGGUUUAUAAAUCCGCGACUAGCCUAUGGGUGUUGUUCUGUGUAUGUUGCUGAUACAUGUGUACGUUUAUUUUGUGUGCGUUAUUAACAGAAAUUUAUGUUAACAUUUCUGUUUCCUUCAGCAACCGGCGGGUUACCAUGUUCUCCGAAUCCGUGCAGCAACAAUGGCGUUUGUUUCCAGUCGGGGAACAGUUUUUCGUGUCAGUGUCAACAAGGAUUUACAGGGACUCGGUGUGACAUAGUGGAUGGCCGUUCGUCGUGUUUUCCCAACCAGUGUCUUAACGGCGGCUACUGCCUGGAAAGUGGCGAUUCGUUCAUCUGUCAGUGUCUACAAGGAUUCACCGGGGCACUGUGUGAAACAGAAACUAGUACCUUGUACCCUGACUGUCCACGCUACCCGUGUCCGUCCGAUGUUUCAGAGUACUCCUACCCCGACUGGAACGACAACACGUGCACGCAGUACUACCUCUGUCGCCGUGGUAACCUCAGCAAGGUGUCUUGUCGCGGAUCAAACCGGUUUAACGUGGCGACGCUCGAGUGCAUGGACCCGAACAGUGACACAUACGUAGACUGCAGGGCAAACAUCUUUUCAAAAUGAACAUUAUUAAUCAGUAAUGCAGGAUAUGUUUUUAUUUAUUAAAUUUCUUAAAACAUACAUUACAUACAUGUAGCACUAAUUUUUUUCAAAAAGAUUUUUUAGGCUAAGAUAUCAAUGGCAAAGUUGAGAAAAAUAGUAGGGGUAGGUCCAUAAAUGGUGGAAGAUGUGACAAAAUAUUUAUUUGGAUUUGGAUCAAGUUUUUGUUUGUUUUUGUUUUUUGCCACCAAGAAUGUUCUUAAUUUGAAUUUCCCUAAUAAAGUGUAUCAUUAUUACAAGGUACAAAUUAACAUCAGAAAGGCAG